UCCAAAUCGUCGUCUUUCUCGGAUGUGUUCGAACGUCGAUUUAAAUUAGUGUAGUAGUUUAGCCAAAUCUGGGCGUGAAAGCGUGGCCAAGUGAUUCCAAAAAAACAUAUUCCGUAUAUGGAUAACGGAUAUAUAUGGAUAAUAACAUGCGCAUCUAUCCAGAGCCGCUUUUCCUUUCCAUCUAUCGGAUAUAGUCCGGCCAUCCGAACGUUACCCUGCAUUUGAAUCCAUCCCGCCGCCGUCAGGUCUCGGAGUUUCGUGUGCAUAAUUGUACGGAUUCGGCUUCCUGAAAUCUAGGAGAUACGCCAGAUGAUUUGGAGAGAGCUUUGAAGAAUGGCGUCGUCGUCAGCCUCUUUGCACGCCAAUCUCUCCGUCUCAUCUUCUCUCCAACACUCUCAGACAUGUGAUAUAAGGAUCAAAUUCAAGCAGAAGAGGUUAACAUCUAUAACUGUAAAAACUAGAAAAGCCUCAUACUUGUUGUCUGUGAGGUCUGUCUUGAGCAGCAAGGAGUCAAUUGUUAAUUGUAAUGGAGCCACUGGGUCUUCGGGGAUUCUUUUGCAACGGUUGAAACAGAAGCUGGAAGAACAGAUAUACAGAGAUCCACAGCUGACUCAAGUUGCUGAAUUUGGGCUGGAUCGUGUCAAGCUUGAAUCUGAUCUGCAUGCUGCUCUGCUAAUCUUGAAGAAGAAGGAAGAAGACCUGCAAGAUGCAGAGAGGAAAGUGCUGCUAGAGUACAAUGAAUUAAGUCAUGCAAUGGUGGAGUUGGAGACCCAAGAUGAUGAAAUUGCGGCUGCGAGUUCUAAGCAGGCUAAAUUGGAAGAUGAUCUAAAACAGGCUAACCUGUAUUUAGCCUCUCAAGCUUUGGAAAUCAAAGACCUAAAAUCUUACCUCAGUAAUAAAGAUCAUGAGAUUUCUGCUGCCAAUGUGGCUCUAUCAUUGAAAGAGCUUGAACUAAACAAUAUGAAAGAUGGUUUAAUGAAGAAGAGCGAGGAAGCUGCCAAUGUGGAAUCAGAACUUAGAUCGAAGUCUGAGCUUCUUGAUGAAGCAAAUCGUAUUGUCAGAAAGCAAAAGAUCGAAAUUCAUGAUCUCAGGAUGGUAAUUCAAGAGAAAGAGAACGUGUUAGAUAAUGCUUUAAUGAUGCAUAAAGUUGAAGGGGAUAAACUUAAAGUUGCUGAGGCUAAUUUGGAAAAACAGACCAUGAAUUGGCUUCUAACACAGGGGGAGCUAAAGAAAUUAGCAAAGGCGAUACCAAAACACUCGAGGAAAGAAGAUGUCACAUAUGAGGAUUUUAAAAGAGUGAAGGUUCUGCUUGCUAAUGUUAGGUAUGAGCUACUUUCAUCUCGAAAAUCCCUGGCCUCUUUAAAGAAGAAAAUAAGAGAUCAGGAAAGAAUGCUACAACAGCAGCAACUGGAACUCGGUGAAGAAAGAAGAAGUGUCAUGUCUUACAUGACACUCUUGGGAGAUGCUCAAGUUGAGGUGGGGGGUGAGAAGUUGAAACUCAGGCUGGCCGAGGCUAAAAAAGUAGAGCUUGAAAGAGACUUGUUGAUGGAAAAAGAGCUUGUUCAGGAGUUGCAGAAUGCAUUAAAUAAAGAAAGAUCAUCUCUGCAAGAAGCAAUGGGGAAGAUGUCGUUUAUGAAGAAGGAGUUGGAUCUAAAGACAACAGAAUUUGAGGAAGUUCAGAAUCGUCUUAAGGUAAAAGAGUCAGAAUUAGUAGAUGCAAGAUUCGAGAUUCAGCGUUUGAAGACCAAGCAAGCUUCUCUUCAGCUAACAUUGCAAGAAAAAGAUUUAGAAUUGCUAAAUACGAGAAAAAAGGUUGAUGAACUAAGCUGGGAGAUAACUGAAUUAAGGGUAAUUAUGAAAAGCAAAGAAGACCAGCUUAUGCAGGCAACAACUCUGCUGAAGGAGAAAGACGAAGAAGUCCUGACAAUUCACCAUGAACUAAAAGAGACGAAACAAAAAUUUUUAGAAGCCGGAACUGCUGUUGAGGGCAUUUUAGAGCUGACAAACAAACUGGUUAUUUCCGUAAAGGAGGAUCAGUGUGAAUUACCAAUCCAACCCUGUGGCACGAGUCAGAACUAUUUGCCACACCUGCUUGAGAGUAAACCUGCAAAUAGUUUCAAGUGGCAGAAAAGGCAUCUCGAAAAUGAGCUUGAGUGUAUGAUGGAAAAUAUGAGGAUUAAAGAUAGAGAAAUUCUUGCUUCCCAGUCAUCCCUUGAACUGAAAGAUAAUGAGCUCAAGUUGGCUCUUGAAAAAUUGGAUGCUCGAGAGAAGGAAUUAAGAAGAGUGAAGGAUGAAAUGACACAGGAAAGUGGUAACCUGAAGCAGCAUUAUGCUUCGGCGCACAAAAGAGUUGGUGUAAUGAGCCUAGGAGAAUUAGCAGUUGAAAAACUUCAGUUAGAAGGAGCUAAAGCUAGUUUGGGUCUCAAGGAUGACUAUGGUGCUAGUGAUUUACCGCAACCCAUCUUUGAAACUAACCUUGUUAACAGUGAGUGUCUUGUUGAAGUUCAUGCCGAAGUUGCACGCCUUUCGGUUUUGACAGAGCAACUUGUGCAAGAGGCAGGUAUUGUAGUUAAGGUCCACUAGUAGAGGGAAUAUGUCUUACUCUGUAUUACUUGGUUUACACAUUUGAGUAAUUUUAACCUGAUUGUAGAAUGUUAUUGUUUCACAUUAUCUUUUGUGGUUUAAAUGUGGUCUUGUUUGUUAAGGGACAACUGAUUUUCUCUUUCUAUCGGUUUGGUUUCCGGUUGAGAGCUAGUUGUCCUGGUCAUAUUCUGAUCUGGAACCAAGAUUAUGUCAUGUCAUUUUUUGGCUCCGGUAUGAAUUGUGGACUGCAAACCAAAUACUACCUGAUGGUGUUUAUGACAUUUAUUAUAGAAAAAAACAAACCUGGAAAUCUGAAGAUUGCAUACUCAAAUUAUAUAGUCGAACAGUUUUACCAUACGGUAUUUAUUUA